AUGGCCGACGACGACACGGACCUCGCGAAGCUCUUCGAGAACGUGGAAAAACGGAAAUCGAACGCGCUCGUCGACGCGGACCGCGACGCGCCCGGCGUCGCGCCGAAGCGCUACGCCCCGGUGGAGGAGGACUACGUCGUGGGCAUCGUCGAGGACCGGGGCGCCGAGGCGUACCGCGUGGACCUGCUCGGCGCGUCCGUGCCCGGCAACCUCGGCGCCCUCGCCUUCGACGGCGCGACGAAGCGUAAUCGGCCGCAGCUCGCGAUCGGCGACGCCGUCUUCUGCCGCGUCGAGCGGACGACGCGCGGCGGCGAGGCGCAGCUCAGCUGCUGCGCGACGCGCGGCUCCAAGAAGGAGUGGAUGACGGGCGCCGCGACCUUCGGCAAGCUCGCGGCGGGCGCCGCGUGCGCGGUGGCGUCCGUGUCGCCGGCGUUCGCGCGGCGGCUGCUCGCGCGCGACGCGCCCGUGCUCGCGGCCCUCGGCAAGCACGUGAAAUACGAGGUCGCCAUCGGCCACAACGGCGCCGUCUGGAUCCGCUCGGGCAACACGCUCGACACGAUCAUCGUCUCGAACGCGGUCGAGAACGCGGAGCACCUCGACGAGGCCCAGGUCGCGCCCAUGGUCGACCAGAUCGUCGCGGGCAUGCACGCGCGCACGACGCUGCUCGUCCACGGGCUCUCCUAA